AAUCAAAAAAGUUUUCUAUUAAUGUAUUGUGCAAAAGUUCUGAUAAUAUGAUUAAAUGAUAUGUUCGAGAAAUUGGAUAAUAAAUUAAUAAGGCGCAACUCAUAAAUUAUAAUAAAUUAUUAUGUCUCAAAAAAGUAAAGUGAUACAAUUGUAUAAAACGCUUUUGUAUAUGGGACAUGAUUAUCCAAAAGGUUAUGAAUAUUUUAGAACAAGGUUAAGAAAAGCUUUUAAUAAAAAUAAAGAAGAACGUAAUCCCGAGAAAAUUGAUAAAAUGAUAGAACAUGGGAAUUAUGUUAUAAAAGACAUGGCUGUUUGUGUGGCUGUUAUUGGAAAAGAUAAUUCUCCUAAGUAUAUCAAAUGUGUCGAUGAAGCUCUUGCUUUACAAUUUCAUUACAAAGUGCAUACAUCUAUUGAUAUUAUAGAAGAGAAGUUGAACAUAGGAAACAAGACAGCAGUUGAUAUUCGUGAUUUAUAUUUAGGUUUGUUACUUACCACAGAAGAGUUUAAGAUCUAUGGUUAUGCUACGAAUACAAAGAUUAAAUUUGUGAUAGUAUUACAAUCAUCCAACAUAUCAUUUCGAGAUAAUGAAGUAAAAAUGAUAUUUAAAAAACUACAUACUGCCUAUUCCAAUGCAGUCUGUAAUCCAUUUUAUGUGCCAGGCAGUUCAAUUAAUUCGAAGUCAUUUGAUUCAUCUGUGACAGAGAUAAUGGGAAUUAUAUAAAUUCAUAUCUUUUACUGAAAAUUACUUUAGCAAUGCUAUUGAUAAAUUUUUUGACUUUUAUCCAUAAAUAAGUAAUAUAUAAUAUAAUAGUAUAUUAUAAUUUUCUAAGGUAAAGAGGAUUAUUAUAAGAUAAUGUUAAAUAGGAUAUCUUUUAUUUGUAAAUUCAAUUGAGCUGUAUCAUACACAAAUUGGUAGAUCAUUUUUUUAUAUUUGUAUAAUAUAAUUUGAUUAUGAGAUGAAUGAAUGAAAUGAAUGAUUGUGAGAGUAGUACAUUGAAGUUGGUUACUCAAUGUUGUUACCUAGAAUAUAUUAACUACUUGUAAAAAAAUAGCAGUGCUAUAACAAAUUUAUUAUACAAUUAUAUCCAGACAUACAACAUUAAGUAAACAACCAUUCAAAUGAUAACAAAAAUAACAUGUAGGCUAUUAUACAUUCUAUUGUCAUCAUUGUAGUGAAUAUCAUAUAACAUUCUAUAAAAUAUUUCUAUCAAAAUAUAACUGUACUUCAAUUAGAAAGUUAAAGCUUAUUUUUAUCAUUAUUUUAUAUUAUUACAAGUAUAAUUGAAAUGAUAUGAAAUAAUUUAAAUCAAAGACUAAUAGUAAUAUUUGUAGUAUUUACUACAGUACAUUUUUUACUGAUUAUUAUCAAUGUUAAAUAAAAUCAUUAUUUUUACAUGCAACAGAUUUUUUUAUAAUCUGACAAUUACAAUUAAUUCUCAAAAUAAAUUAUCAGUUAUAUUUAUGAUUGAUAUAUCAAAUCUAUCAAACAAUAGUACAAAAAUAAAAUAAAAUUUGCAUGUGACGUUUUUUGUGUAAUGAAUACAAUAAUUCACUAUUAUGUUGCUAUUACAGUGUAAGAAGCAUCGAUGAUCGCUCUGUAUGUUGUAAAAAGGAUGGUCUUGACCAUAAUAUUUGAUUUUUGUCACACAAUAAGGGUGUACUUUCUGAACGUCUUGCAUUCUGUGAAUAACCACCAUUGCUGCCACUGUUAUUACAUUUGAUAUUGAACAUUCCUUUAGAUCCAUAUUCAGUCUGUAUGUAUGAACACUUCUUUAUCCUUGUUUUAUCUUUAUGUAGUCCAUAAUCAGGUGGAGUAGUUACAAAAUAUGAUGAUAGAAGUAUAGCCUUUGUCAUCCCUAUUGAUAAUAAAAGCCUAUUGGAAUAUAAAUGCAUACACUUUUGGUUCAAUAUGAUAUAAGAAAAUAAAAAUAAAAACUAUAUAUUCAUAUUUCAAGUGCAAGAUAUUUGUCUAUAAUGGCAAAUAGAAAUAGCAUGUCUAUGAAAUAUUUCAUGCAUUUAGUUUUCACAUACAUGUUAAUUAUCUUCAUACUGUUACUUUAAUUAAAACAGUGCUAGUUUUGUAUAUUAAAAAAAUAUUGUGCCUUUAAAUGUAAAGUAAUAAUACUUUUUGAAGCAACAGUGUAUGCUAUGCUAAAAUACUUCAGUUAAGAUCAACAAUGAUACUGUGCACGAAUUUCUAAUUAUAAAUCAACUAAUUAUUAAUUAACUAAUUAAAUUAACAAAUAAACAAACAAUCGGAUACAAUAUAAUAAAUAAGCAUAAUUGAAGGAUAGCAUUUUGUAUGCAUAUGAUUUCGUAAUUUAUGUGGAUGAUAAGUCCAGAAAUAUUGACAAUACAUCUAUCACAGUUACUGUUAAAAUACAUGGAUUGCAAGCUGAUAA